AUGGACGGGGGACUGUGGGAGGGCGACUGUCCCGAGUUAAGUUGUAUGGAUAUCGAGACGAAAGAUGACAGUGAGGCAAUGGCGCCACCGAGAGGGUGUCAGCAUUACGCAGAUUUGACCGAGAUGCCGUGGGAUAUUCAGAAAUAUUACCAUCAGCGAUUUAGCAUCUUCUCGAAAUACGACGAGGGUAUAUGGAUGACGGAAGAUGCUUGGUUUGGCGUAACCCCGGAGCCUGUUGCAAGCACCAUUGCAAAGCAUAUUGCCGGAGCUGCCUCUGCAAGCAAGGCAAUAUUGAUCGACUGCUUUGCAGGCGUUGGUGGCAACGUUAUCGCAUUCGCCCAGUCUGAGAGAUGGAAGAGAGUUUACGCCAUUGAGAAGGAUUCGAGAGCACUGGCAUGUGCGAAGCACAACGCCGAGAUCUACGGUGUCCGAGACAGUAUAUCUUGGUAUGAAGGGGAUUGUUUCGAAAUUCUGAGGAACGAGCUCGCAGAAUUAGGCCAACACAGCAUCCUCUUUGCCAGUCCUCCAUGGGGUGGCCCAGGAUACAGAUCGGACACAGUCUUUGACCUCGCAAAGAUGCAGCCUUACACCUUGACAGAUGUCUUACAUCCCUUCCAACAAUUGACUGAAGACGUAGUUCUAUACCUACCGAGGACUUCUGACGUUCGACAACUGGCGAACAAAUCAGGUAAAGGGAGGAAGACGACUGUGAUGCACUACUGUAUGGAGGGUGCUAGUAAGGCGGUCUGCGCGUACUACGGUGCUUUCGCAUUUCACUGA